CCGGGGCCCCCACCUCACCCCCUGAUACAUGAGGAAAUGGAUGAACAGAAGAUCCGAGAACUCAUCAACAAGAUGAUGGAGCUGCUGACUGGAGAGGUUCCUAUAAGGUGUCAGGACGUGGCGGUCUAUUUCUCCAUGGAGGAGUGGGAGUAUGUAGAAGGACACAAGGAUCAGUACAAGGAUCAGGUGAUGAUGGAGGAUCAGCAGCCCCUCACAUCAGCAGGAGAUUUUAAUGCUGUUCCUGUCCCACAGCUCAAUCGCACCAAUGCCAUGAACCCUGGUUCUCCUUCGCUUGCGUCUUGGCAUCUGGCAUUGGCUCUCACUGAAGUCGUCUGGAGGUGGAAUUAUCUGACUGACUCGGGCUUCUCCUUCUAUUCUGUGGUGCACAAGUCCUUCUCCUGAAUUGACCUUGCCUAUGCGUCAGGUGACCUUCUGCCUCUGAUUCUUGUAGCAGGAGAUCAGAGGAGAAUCUUAUAUCUUCAGAUUAUAAAGCAGAUGAUGAUAUCACACAAGAUACAUAUGAAGAACAUUCCAUUAUCCCAGAUACACCCUCAGCCCUUCACAGCCAAGAUCUGUC